UAUAUAAGAACUGCGGACCGGCGCGCCACACUCUUUGGGUGAUAGCGUCCGGUCCGCAGGUUGCUUCCUGUACCCCGAGUGUGGUUAGCGACCGAGUACUGUUUUUAAUUCGAUUUUUUAAAAUGUGUUUUUAAUUCUUUAUUUCUUAAUUUGAACAAUUUACAAUUUUGGAUCGUGGUCUUUGAGUCCGUAUUUUCGAUCUUCAUGGUCUGAAAUUCAGAAUUUCAAUUUUUGUGUUUUAAGUUGGUAACGAAAAAAUUUUAAGGAGCUUUGAAAAGUCGACGGCAAAUUUCAGUUUUUAAGAAAAAUUGCAAUGUUGGUGCGUCCGUUGCUGCUGCUGCUGCCUGUUGUGGGCUUACUGCUGCAGGCGCAUAGUGGGCAGCCGUUCAUUAUACUAGGUCCUACCACGACGGGUACCACCGCCACCACCGGCACCACCACAACCACCACCGGUACCACCGGCACCCUAGGCACCCUGGGCACCCUAGGUACCCUCACCCUGGGCACCACCACGCUGGGUACCGGCCUCGCCAGCCUCGGGGUGUUGGGAGCCCUCAAGCUCGGGGUGCUGGCGAUUGUGGCGAAGCUGGCGGCGGUCGCUGGCUUCGCGCUGGCCAAGAAGCUUCACUAUUACAGGGAGCCUGUAGAGUACAACUCAUAUAGUGAGUAUCCUGCUUAUGGUCACCAAUACGUGCCCGUAUACUCUGGUUACGGCGGGGGUUACAGCGGGGGCUACGGUGGGGGUUACGGGAGCAGCAGCAGCAGCAGCCACUACCACCGCAAGAAGAGGGAUGUACCCCGUGACUCCCAGACUCGAGCUGAGGGCCAUCAGGACUCAGCUCGCCGUAAAGCUGAAGCUGGAGAACCGAUGAGCGAAGAGCAACAAGCGUUCGCGCUGAGCGAAGAAGAAGCUUUCGCGCUCGUGUCUGAGUCGGACGAGUCGGGGUGCGCUCAGCGGCUCGUGUGCGAGCUGGCGAGGCGAGCAGAGAUGGGGCUGCUCAGUGACGAGCAGAGCAUCAUCAGCCUUAUUCAACAGUCUUCUUUGGGACCGCUUUCUGACCCCUGGGCGAGUUCCCGACGUCCCUACUUGGAGGCGAUGCGGACGGGUUUUCGAGACAGGUCCUGUAGGGUCCUAUACCCGUCUUGUCCCUUCUCGGGGGACCAGAUGAUGGCCCUCAUCCGCUCCAUGGGACGGGAUCUGGUCAACGAACCCAUCAGUUUCCUGGGCUCCCUCCCUGACCAGCAGACUCUCCAUCCUGAGGCUCAUUUAGCUCCUGAACCGAGGAGACAGAAGCAAAUGGGUAAAGUUCUGCCAACAACGGAUCCCAAGGGCAAUGAAGUGGUUGUUCCAGUACGCGGUCCAGCCCAGCGGGUCGUGGAGAAAUUAUGGAAGAAGGAGCGAAAAUCUACUUAUCACAGAAAAAAUUCCCAAUCCGAAAAGUUCGGCUUCAGGCUCGAGGGAUCAGAAGACUGGAAGCCGUUAACAAGAAGUUCGUCUUCCCCGAAAUCGUUCGUCAAGGAGACGAAAGAAGCCAAUCUUAGGAAGCGAGGAAACUCAAAUUUUAUUCCCAGCGAUUUAGACUCAGUAGGUUGGAAGCCAAUUGAUGAUAAAUGGACCCAGGACAUUUCUGCUGUGGAUUUAAAUUCCCAGUCCUCGUUCCGUCGCCGUCCUCGAAGAGGUGCCACUACCCCUUCGGAGGAUGAAAUUUCUCAAGGUUCCACUCUUUCUGAAGAUGCUACUUCUCCGGAAGAGACCAACCUUUCAAGAGUUGCCACUCCAACAGAAGACGCCUUUCUUUUUGAAGGUUUCACUCCUUCGGAAGGCACGGAGUUUUCAGGUCAGGACCACAUCGGUAACCGGCGACCUUAGGAAGACAAGUGUGACCUGAAAUUUUUCCACCACUUAGUCUCUUCCAAAUUAGACUACUUGGUUUUAUUAGACUGUAAUUGGCCGUCAAUUUGCUUAGUAUGAAACAUCUUCUCACCUGCGCGAAUAAACGAUGUUGGUGGUAAACAUCGCGCCACAUUUGGACGGUGAAGCUGCCACUCGUCAGCCACGUGACGGCAUUUGAACCCAGGCGCUUAUGCCGCCCAUACAACAGCCUUAUUAUGUACAUAGUUUUCUUGUUAUUACUGAGGAAUACAUUGUUAUCUAGUAAUUAUUGUUGUUUCGGUUGUUGAAAGAAACCUAGAAAAUGUUUAAUUAUUACCUUUAACGAACAUUCAUUGGCAGCCUAGUGAUUGUCUGAUUAAGCUAUUUAAUCCACAAAUUAUGUUAAUGGCUCUCUAAAGAUUUUAAUUGUACUUUAUAAAAUUUAAAUGUAGAGUCUCA